AUGGACUGGGAAGGUUAUGGUCCCGAUGAGUGCUCAUGGUUCCCCAGAAACGACAUUCUUGAUCCCAACCUGCUAGACACCUUCCAUACUGCUCAUCCCAACAGACCUUCCCCACGUGAAAGACGACGACCACCACGGCGUUGGGGUCCUCGGCCCUCUGCCCUCAGGAGUGGGCCGUGGAGGGGGGUAGUACUAUCACAGACACGCCAGGCUCCAGCACCAUCCAAUAACAACACACUCCCUCACCAGAGUGCUGAUCACACGCACCUGCACUCAAUCAGCACCCUCAUCAGAAUCAAAGCAAAGGAUGCCAACAGACUACAUAAACUCAUCAAAAAGGCAGAAUCUGUCAUCGGCUCUGAGCUUGGUACUUUGGAGGACGUGGCUGAGAAUCUGCGUCAGAGGAGGAAUAAUGCAGCAGCACCACUGCAGAACAAUGACAACAUUAAUAUCGUCCUUCUGGGGAAAACCGGAGUUGGGAAAAGUUCCUCAGGAAACACCAUCCUGGGAGAGAACAAAUUCACAUGUGAAAGACAACUGUCUCCUGUUACAAAAGAGUCCAGUGUAAAGAGAGCAGAGCUUAAUGGCAGAUCUGUGUCUGUCAUUGACACUCCUGGGUUUUUUGAUACUAAUCUUUCAAAAGAGAAGCUCUCAGAGGAGUUUGCGAGAAGUGUGUAUCUGUCUGCUCCAGGAGUUCAUGCGUUUUUAUUUGUUGUGCCGUAUGGCAGGUUCACAGAGCAGGAGGAAGAGAUAUUGACAAAAAUGCAAAAGGUUUUUGGUAAAGAUGUGCUGAAGCGUGUUAUCAUCCUCUUCACGUACGGGGAUGAAUGUGUGCGGGGGAGAAUGCAGUCAGAGAUCGAUGGGAAUCCAGUUGUCAAAAGAGUCGUAGAGAAAUGUCAGAAUUAUCAUGUGCUCAACAACAGAGAUCUGACUGACAGACAGCAGGUCGAUGAUCUACUGCUGAAGAUUGACACGAUGAUAGAGUGGAAUCAAGGAUUCUACACCAAUGAGAUGUAUAAAUUGGCACAAAUGUGGCCAUGGGAAAAAUUCUGGACACUUGUUAAGGCUUGUUGUGAUGCUAUAGUUGCAGAACUUUCCAAAACUGUGUCUAACUUUUUUUAUUCCUUUAUACAAAAACUAAGGGGAUAUUUUUUGUUUACAUAAUAAAAAUAAAAAUUCAUGAUUUGCUUUUGAUUUAUUGCAUAAAACUUGAUUAAAUUUAACCUAAAACCCAUUGUACUUCCACAUGUUAAAUACUAAAAAGAUCAUAUUUGGUUCUGAAACAAUAUAGUGUACAAUAUGUACUACUUUAUCUUUACAUGUUUCAUUCAUUAAGAGUCUUAAAUAUAUCCUUUCUGAACUAUCAUGCCUUCAUUCAUAUUCAACGUGCACUUAAUAACACUUUCUGCUCAUUUGCAUUAUGCACAAUAUAUCACAUCAGUUUAAGUUUAGCCUAUUUGAAAAUAAAAUAUAACUUUUCUGUAAGGAAACUUUUGCUUAUAACAUUCUGAAAUUUAACUUUAGAUCCUAUGCUCUGUUACUGUGGUUUUGAGCUCUUCGUUUUUUAAUGCGUAUUGGACAUUUUAUUCAGUGUAAUUUUCAUACAUUUAAUGGUGUUUAUGGAAUUCAUUAAACCUAUUCAAAUCUGACAGAUACUAACAAAUGUGUAACAUCUACAAGAUA